UCAACUGUCACCGCUCAUAACGGCUACAGACCGGCGCCCUGCCUCGCGCUCCUCUGCCGCGCGCACCGCCGGCCACUAAUUCAUCUCAUAAACAAGGUAGACACCUGGGCAAAGCAGCAGCAGUAAUAUUUGAUUGAUUUUUUUUAUUGUGGGUUUUAUCUCCGUGGAUGAAAAAAAAGUUUUUUGUUUUUUUUCGUUGACACUGCGUUAAAUAGGAGAACAGAAACUGGGAAUCAGUCUCCGUGGAAGGACAACACACCGGGAACCUCCUCAACAUCUGUUUCCUCCACUGGGGCUGCAGUUUCUCCAAUCUGUGGAAGUAAGAGAUUUGCCUGGGAGAGGAAGAUAUGAAGUUAGCGGGCUCCCUGUGGAUCCUUUGGGUUCUCCUGAUGUGCAGGGCUGCGGCAGGCGCUGAGCCAAUCUCAGACCCAUCGCUCACACCUGGACAGAGUAUGAUAGAGGGACAGAGCCAGGCGGUCAGCCAGGGUCAAUACAAAUGUCUCGAGCUGUCCAACAAAGACCACCAAGAGAAAAGAACCGGUAUGUUCUGUGGACGUAUGUGGGAUGGUUUGUUGUGCUGGAGUGAGACACCAGCUGGGACAUCUCUAACCCAAAACUGUCCAGAUCAUCUUGACCUGGACCCAACUGAAAAAGUGACCAAAUAUUGUGACGAAUUGGGUAACUGGGUUGAGACUGGCUCAACCUGUCAGUCAGCUUCAAAGGACAAAUUAGGGCUAUUUGGACAUUUACAUCUGGAUAUUGGUUUCCCCGAAGUCCUCCAUUUUUUAAGAGACGCUGCAGGAGAGCUGAGUACAGAGGCCACAGGAGUUAACACAGAAAGAGGCGGUGUUGCAGAAAAAAUGAUCCUCGAGAAUGAAAAGAAAUGCCUCAAGAAAAUGAAGCAAGAUCCUCCUCAUGAUAAAUCAGGUCUGCACUGCAGUCGUUGCUGGGAUGGCUGGCUGUGCUGGGACGAUACUCCAGCGGGAACCUAUGCCUCCCAAAACUGCCCCAAUUAUUUUUUCGACUUUGACCCCACAGAAAAGGUAACUAAGUAUUGUGGAGAAGACGGGCAAUGGUUUCAACAUCCAGAGACCAAUAGGCUUUGGACCAAUUAUACACUCUGUGCAACCACCCAUGAGAGGAGACAGAGGAAAGUGAAAAUGCUUCAGAAUGAAUACGAAUGCCUUCAGAAAAUAAAUCGAGAUCCACCUUUGAACAAAUCAGGUCUGUACUGCAGUCGUAACUGGGAUGGCUGGCUGUGCUGGGACGAUACUCCAGCGGGAACGUACGCUUCCAAAAACUGUCCUGAUUAUUUUUCCGACAUGGACUCCACAGGAAAGGCGAUUAAGUUCUGUGGAGAGGACGGGCAGUGGCUUCGCCAUCCAGAGAGCAACAAGACCUGGACUAACUAUACACUCUGCGCUGUCAACUUUAGGGAGAAGGCAGCAGCCCAGCUCUCAGGGGACACUGAGGUACAGCCCGUCAUCGAGGCCACGGUCAGCCCCACGGUUAACCCAGAAGAACAGGAAAAGGUGCAAAAGAAAAUCCUCGACAGCCAGUACAAAUGCUUUGAGAAAAUGAAUCGAGAUGCACCGUAUAACAAAUCAGGUAAUCUAUACUGCAGUCGUAACUGGGAUGGCUGGCUGUGCUGGGACGAUACUCCGGCGGGAACCUACACCUCUCAAAACUGCCCCAAUUAUUUUGUGGACUUUGACCCUACAGAAAAGGCUACUAAGUACUGUGGGGAGGAUGGUCAGUGGUUUCGCCACCCGGAUACUAACAGGACUUGGUCCAACUACACACUCUGCAACGAAAACACUAAUGCAAAACUGAAGUCAGCGUACAUCCUGUUUUACAUGGCAAUUGUGGGUCAUGCUUUAUCCAUAGCCUCCCUGCUUAUCUCUCUGGCCAUCUUCUUCUACUUCAGGAGUCUGAGCUGCCAAAGGAUCACCCUCCAUAAGAACCUCUUCUGCUCCUAUGUGCUCAACUCUGCCCUCACCAUCAUCUACCUGGUAGCGGUGGUCAACAAUCCUGACGUGGUGGGCAGAAACCCGGUUGGCUGUAAGGUGUUGCACUUCUUCCACAUGUACAUGCUUGGCUGCAAUUAUUUCUGGAUGCUCUGCGAAGGCAUCUACCUGCACACGCUCAUCGUGGUGGCUGUGUUUGCAGAGGAGCAGCAUCUGCACUGGUACUACCUCCUGGGAUGGGGCUUUCCACUGGUCCCUGCAUCCAUCCACGCCGUGGCAAGGAAAAAGUAUUUCGAUGACAACUGUUGGAUGAGUGUGGAAACCCAUCUGCUCUACGCAGUUCAUGGUCCUAUAGUGGCAGCACUUCUUGUGAACCUCUUCUUCUUGCUAAAUAUUAUAAGAGUGUUGGUGACCAAGUUAAGAGACACGCACCGGGCAGAGUCCAACAUGUACAUGAAGGCGGUGAGAGCCACCCUGAUCCUGGUGCCCCUGCUGGGAAUACAGUUUGUAAUUUUUCCAUGGAGGCCAGAGAACCGGCUGGCUGGGGAGGUCUACGAGUACAUCAUGCACAUACUCAUGCACUACCAGGGUUUACUGGUGGCAACAAUAUUCUGCUUCUUCAAUGGAGAGGUCCAGGCAGCUCUAAAGAGACAGUGGAUGCAGUAUAAGACACAGUUGGGUCAGAGACGAAAGGACCACUGCUCAAUGCGCUCCACAUCCUACACAGCCACCUCCAUCACUGAGGUACCCGCAUUCAUGUACCACCAUGACUGUAACAGCGAACACUUGAAUGGGCGCCACACAGAGGACUCUGAACUGGUGGCACUAAAAGCAGGAGAGACAUACGCAUGA